AUGGCAACGAUACCUUCCAGGACAAUGGAGAUAUCAACCCGAUCUGACAAGUCAACACCAAUUUCCCUGCUCCAGAGGAUAAUCAAACCGUUCCGUCCUUACCUGAUAAAGCCUAAGAAGGAGUUCCCAGCUGGAUCACCAUACCUCGACGUCCACAAGACAGCAAAGAAACGAUGCAACAUAACCGAACGACAAGCUGAGGGCAUAUGGCUCUACGACAUGAAACCCAAAGUCCCAUCAUCGACAAAAGAAGGCAGCGUGACGAAGAGAAGGAGCAUAAUAUACUUCGCAGGCGGAGGUUGGCAGAUGCCACCAAGCCCCGAGCACUGGAAACUCUGCGCAGAGCUCUGCCAUCGGAUACCUAACACAGUUGUGACGAUUGUGUCCUACCCUCUGGCUCCAAACUCACCAGCAAAGGACUCAAUGCCCAUGCUAGAAAGAUUAUACCCUCACCUCUUCCCGAUCACCGAGGCGGAAAAGGAAACCACAGAAGUCAUUUUUGCUGGCGACUCUGCAGGAGGAAAUGUAGCCUUAGGGUUAGUGGUCAAGAUUCUGUCAUCUACACCCUCAGCACCAGUUCCUCGAAAGCUGGUCUUGGUCUCUCCAGCAGUGGAUUUGAGAAAACAGCCUGUGGCUUCGUCACCAUUUGAGAAGGAUUUGCUAGCGGCAGACAAGAAGGAUCCGCUCUUGGGCAUCAAGUUCACGAAUGGUACGGCCGAAAACUGGAGUCGUGGGGCUGAUGCUGAAGCGCCUUGGAUUUCACCUGUUCUGGCAGAUGUGAAUAUGUUCAGGGAGAGAGGAGUUGUGAUUUAUGGUGUUACUGCAGGUGCGGAUGUGUUAGCACCACCUGCGAGGUGUUUUGCGGAGCUUUGUAAGGAACAGGGCGUUGCGGGUCGAUGGCUGCAUUGGGAGGGUCUGAUGCAUUGUUUUGUUCUAGCAUGGUGCUAUGGAAUCAAGGAGGGCAAGGAAGGAUUGGACUGGAUGAUUAAAGUUAUGGAAGAAUAA